UACAUCUUCUUCUUCAAGAUUGGGAAUUUGUCUGUGAAUGAACAAACCCUUCCAUGGCCACCGCCUCCCAAACCCGAGUUCCUCCCUCUACUCCUCCCGUCGCGGCAGAGAACAGCCCCUCUCAGCCGUCAGGGACGACUCCCGUUCUCCAACAUGGGCCCCUAAACCUCCCAAUUCCAAACCGUUCGCCAACUCAAACCCUAAAUUCAGUCCCCCUACUCCGCGGCCUCUCCACCGCCCUGUCAGCCUUCUACCGCCGCUAUGACGAGUUACAAGAGCACCUCGAUUUCAUCCGAACCUUCAUUGACUCCAAAUUGCCCGCAGACCUCGCCGCCUCCCUCCCCGCCCUUCCGGAAGCGACUACUGCGAUUCUCCUGGCGGCCGACGAGUUGGAGAAAGGCAAUCGGGCGACCAACGAUAAGCCGUCUUCUGAAAUGGGGAUCCAUUCUUUUUGCAAGAGUAUGUGUAGCCGGAGCGUCCGAAAGUACAUCAUGACGCAUCUCUCGGACACUGCGAAGCUCCGCAAAGAAGUUCCCGAAGCUCUGAAGCUUGCGGAAGACCCUCCGAAGCUUGUUCUUGAAUGUUUCGGCCGGUUUUUCCUUCAGGGCAUCAAAGCGUACACUAAGGACUCGCCGAUGAUUCCGGCGAGAGAGGCUUCCAUUUUGAUUCUGGAGUUGUUUCUUCUGAUGGGUUGUGAUAACAAUCAGAUUGAGGCCAAGUUGAAGGAAGAAGCUGAGUCGGCGGCUGUGGCGUGGAGGAAUCGGCUCAUUGUAGAAGGUGGCUUGAGCAAAGCUUGUGAGAUCGAAGCUCGGGGUUUGCUGCUUCUUAUUGGUUGUUUUGGCAUACCUAGUGUGUUUAAGAAUGAAGAUAUUGCGGAUUUGGUUCGGGCAGGAAGGGCAAGGGGGAUUUCGGAUGCCCUUCGGCGGUCAGAUGUUCUCCUCGCAAGGAUUCCGGAGAUAAUUGAUUGGAUGGUAUCAAAUGACAUGGAGGUUAGAGCAGUGAACAUCGUUUAUGAUUUUGGCCUGGAGAGUAGGUUCCCCCCUCAGACAAUUUUGUCAUCAUUUAUAAGGGAGUCAAAAGCGAAUUGGAAGAAAGCAAAAAAAGCAGCACUGGGUUCAAUUCCAGCAGUGACUGGAGCAAACAGAAAGCAUCUACGAAAUCUGAAACUUGCAAUCAAGUGUUCAGAAGAUCACAAUAUAGACCUAUCAAAGGCUUUUAGUGGAUGGAAAAUCAGUGACGCUGUAUCUAGCCUUGAAAAAGAAAUUGCCGAUCUUAAGAAAAAAAGUCAAGAAGAGAAGGCAACAAAGAGAAAAGCGGAUCAAGUAGAAUCCUCAGAGAAAUUCAGAAGCCAAGAGCCGAAACGACCGAGGUUUGCUGGAAACUGGGCGCCACAACAGCAGAGGGAUUCUGCAUUUGGCAACGAAAAUGGCAUUUCUGAACGUAUCUCACCCAUACAUGGUGGAUAUCCUCCCAGUCAUAUCAGUGGUUUCCCUGCUGCUUCCUCAUCAUCUCUGCUGCUGCAUGGGGCUGGGGUGCCUUCAAUUGUUGGAGCUGGCAUUUUAGCUGGAACUGAUGGUAGUAUUUUGGCAAGAGGGCCUUACUCCGGGGUUCAUGGGCGGAUCGACAGGGCUGGACAGGUCAUCGGUGACAAUGGUCUCCCGUAUGGGUGGCGUGGAGGAGAGUAUGCCUCGAGAGAGAGAUUAAUCGAGCGAGAGCUAGCUGAGUCGGCAGCCCUGAGGGCUAGGGGAUUGCUGGGUUCAUUGCCGGGGCAGGCGCGGGAAGGGUUUGCCGGACUGCCAAGAUCCUCCAUUGGUGGUGGUGGUGGUUCGAGCAGGAAUACAAACUCUGAUCUCUAUCAGUUUGCGGACAGUGUUGUGGAAAGUGAAGCAUUUGGGGGGGCGCGUCGUGGUGCAUCCUACUUGUAUUAAUUAAUUAAGCGAGCGGAUGAAGUGGCAACUGUAUCUAGUCGGUCAUUCCUACAAUCCCCUUCCUUGCUUGUGCCUGUACGGCUGUACCUGUUCCUUUGCGGCGGCUUUUUGGAAUACUCGACGCAUAAAGUAUUUAAACGACUGUUAUUCUC